AAUCAGUGUUCUAAUAUGUUUCACCUGGCCUCAGGUUUCCUGCUGAGAGACAGGAGAAGUAGACAGAGGAGGUUGCUCGAGUUUUUGUGUUGAAAACGUGUAUUAUGAAUGAAAAGGUAGACGCACUGUGUCUUCAGUAUGUCUUCCCCCAUCUUCACCGACAUCUUUCAGUGUAAAGAGAGUGUGCUCGUGAGAAGUUUAUCCAGCUGCACUGAUGAUGGUUUAAAUGAUAGUUUGUAUGGGAGCUCAGCAGAACUGACUGAUGUGUUUGAAGAGGAAGGGUGUGAGGAUGAAGCUUGGUCUCCACCACCGAGUGAACUGAGAUGCAAAAUAGCUGCCCAGCUUGAGUACUACCUCUCUGAUGAGAAUCUUGAGGCAGAUGCCUUCCUGUUAAAACAUGUCCAGAGGAACAAGAUGGGUUACGUCAGCCUGAAGUUGUUGACCUCCUUCAAAAAGGUACGAGAUCUGACACGUGAUUGGCGCACUACUCUGGCUUCUGCUCAAACUUCUCCGCACCUGGAGGUGAAUGAGAUCAGAACCAAGGUACGACGGAGAACACCGAUCCCUGACCGCUUGCUCUCCAUCCCCACCACUAAGCUACUGCUGGUUUGGAACUUCCUGGCCAGUUCUACCAAGUUUGAGGACAGCGGGCCAUCUGCAACUGAGCAGCAAGGCAUCAUGGAGACCGCCAUGCACAUGUUUGGUUCACAUGGCACAAUCAAUUCUCUUCGUAUCCUCCGCCCAGGAAAAGAGAUCCCUGUUGAGCUCAAACGCUAUGUCAAAAAACAUGCCGAGCUUGGGCGAAAACUGUGUGCUGUGGUCGAGUACGAGUACUUGGAUGGAGUGCGCAAGGCAUAUGAUAUUCUGAAAGCCCAGGAACAGGCACAAGGUGGGAAAGGUAUCCACGUGGUACUCCUUGGGAGCCGGGGAACACGGAAACAAGGCAGUAGCCAGGGCCAAGCAGAGGAGGAGUCGGAAGAGGGCAUGGAUAAUGACUUCUCAACAAAGCAAAACCGCAAGUCCAAGAAGCACAUUUACUGUCUGGAAGAUUCAGUUUUGUACAGUUCCUCAGAGUCGGACUUCACUCCAGCCUCACCGCGUCCUAACCGUAGAGUCUCUCGUCCUCAGGCUCAGUAUGGUAGCCCCUUGGCCAUCCCACGAGUUUCCACUUUCCAUUCCGACCCUUAUCGAAACCCUCUUGGCAGCCCGGUAGGAAGUCCUCUCCUGCCACACAAGCUUUUUCCUGGAGGUCAUGCUGCCUCACCUCUAGCCACUUCUCCAUUAAGCAGCACUCCGAGUUCAGCGUCAUACAAUAGGAGCAAAUACUCGGGGGAUUUCUCACAGGACAGUGCAGGCUAUGGAGCAAGUCCAUGGGUCCAACGGCGCAAAAAUGCUGCACAGGCUUUUUAUCCAGAGAAAAGCUGCCCCUUGUCCCCAGAUCAGAUUAUGGGAGCUAUCGGUGUGCUAGUCGUGCGCCAGCCAUUGGGCCCUGAUGGCACUAAAGGUUUCCACAACUGCAUUGGAAGAGGAAAGGUACUGCUGCCACAGUGAUGACCUGGAGGAUCUCUGAAGUAGAUUUGUGGGUUGAUCUGCAGUGCAAAUUAUUUUUUAAAGCAGUGUUCAGUGAAUGCUAUUGUCAGUAAUUGUUUGUGGCUAAAAAAAAUGUAUUCCUAUGGUAACUUUGUAUUGAAUAAUAAAUAAAGGUUGUACUAUAAGCA